CGCUACAGCUUGGGAUAACACGUUGUGCAUUGAGCCAGCCACACCAUCAGUUAUGCGCCGCAUUACCUCUCCUAUCCGUGGCGGCCAGCUGCGAGCUGAUGCACCCCCCGCCAUACAUACUACAUAUAAUACAUGUCGUGCCCUACCCUACUCCCAGAGAAGCCCAACAGCCCUCGCUAUGCUGACAUGGAAAAAAGAAAAUAAUAAAACAAACAAACAUACAUCUUCCCUAGUCUCACGUGCUGGUUCCUAGUCCCAGUCCCAGGCCCCAAGUCCCCCACGAUGCUACACCAGCGCCUCGCCCAUUACACCAUCACGGCACCUCAGCUGCGCGCGUCAUGCACAAAUCACCCACCUGCACGUCAGACCGCAGAGAGCCGCAUCCUCGUCGUUGUCGUCAUCAUCACUAUUACCAUCACUAUUACCAUCACUGCCACACUACUUGGCCGACACAGCCGCCAUCCACUUUUGCUCGUCCUGCUUGUCAAAGUGCAGCAGCAUGCCCAGCACCGGUAUGAGCUGCUGCUGGUACUUGCGGUCGCGCUGCUCGAGAAACUGUAGCAAUACGUUCUUCAGGUACACAUAGUCAAUCGCCUCUGCAACCGCUCCCCCGCCACCCUUGUUAGGGUUCGGCGACGCCAGCCGCGACCGCGAAGACUC